UCUCUCUCUCUCUCUCUCUCUCUCGUUAUAGUUAUAGUUAUAGUUAUCUCUCCAACAUUCCUUUCCACACAACACACCCUUCCCGUCAGCUGUCCGUCAUUUCCCCCUUGGCUAACGUAACCACUUGGUGCCUCCCUUGCCGCAGCUCGUGGUGGAGGUGAUGGACGCCAAUGAUCACCGCCCGGUGUUCAGCGCCAGGACCUACGAGGGUGCCGUGAGCGAGGACGUGGCGCCGGGGUCCACCGUGGUCACCCUGCAGUGCCGAGACAGGGACCAGUCACCCACGGCGUCCUCCGCGGUGUACUUCACGCUGCACCACGCCCAGGCCUUGGCGUCCCAGGGCCUCUUCACCGUGGACUCGUUCACUGGUGACCUCAUCGUGGCCGAGCCCCUGGACAGGGAGGUGUCCAGCGUCCACGAGCUGACCGUGAGCUGCAGGGACCGCGGCCGACAGGAGAACGCAGACUUUGCCCGCGUGUCCGUGACGGUGGAGGACGACAACGACCACGAGCCCGUCUUCCUGGAGCCCAUGAUCAUCGCCAAGGUGAGUACACUGUGCCUGCGGCGGCUCGUGCACCGCCGCCUCAACCGACACCAGUUACCUGACCUGUGAAAUAUCGCCGGAGUUGAAGAAUACUUUUCCUAAGUAUUAUAGGAAGUUAAUUAAAGCAACUACAUCACUAUUAUACACAGAAAACGUAUAAAUAGGCGAUUCAUAUC